AUGGACAACGUCCCAGACAGUGAGAUGCUCGUCGACGAAUAUGAGCAGUAUCACAAUGACAGAACCGACGAAGUCGUCGUCUCUCGGUCCGGAUCGGAGGAACCGGAGCCAGAGCCUCUUGCCGACGAUCAUGCAGCAAUGAUGGCCCGGAUCCUCCCGAAAGACCCCGAUUUGGAAACAGAAGAUGAGACAUAUCACACAUGGCAUAUUCAGGAUUGGCGGAAACUCAAGAAGAAGGAACACGGCCCGGUCUUCCAGUGCGCCGGCUCUCCUUGGCGAGUCCUCUUCUUUCCUUACGGUAAUCAUGUCGAACACGCAUCCUUUUACCUGGAGCAUGCUUGGGAAAACGAACCUCCAGCAAACUGGUACGCUUGCGUUCAGUUCGCUCUGGUUUUGUCCAACGUAAACGACCCAUCCAUCUACAUCUCUCACGUCGCCACACAUCGAUUUAAUGCGGACGAGGGUGACUGGGGAUUUACCCGAUUUUGUGAACUGCGCAGGCUCUUUAACGUGCCAUGGGAGGGCCGCGGCGUCCCUCUGGUGCAGAACGACGAGGCCAAGAUCACAGCAUACGUGCGUGUCGUCAAGGAUCCCACAGGAGUACUGUGGCACAGCUUCCAGAACUACGACUCGAAGAAGGAAACAGGCAUGGUUGGGCUGAAGAACCAGGGCGCAACCUGCUAUCUGAAUUCGCUUCUGCAAUCUUUAUACUUCACCAACAAAUUCCGCAAGGCCGUCUACGAAAUUCCGACAGAGGCCGAGGCUUCGAGAGACAACAGUGCUUGGACUCUUCAGAGACUGUUCUAUAACCUCCAAACCAGUGAGAAUUCUGUCUCGACAACAGAACUCACAGCAUCCUUCGGCUGGGAAUCGCGACAAAUCUUUGAGCAACAGGAUGUCCAGGAGCUUUCUCGAAAGCUUAUGGAGAGGAUGGAGGAGAAGAUGAAGGGCACGCCGGCAGAGAAGGCACUCCCGGAGAUGUUCGUCGGAAAAACGAAAACCUAUAUCUCCUGCAUCAAUGUCGACUACGAAUCGUCACGAGUGGAGGACUUCUGGGAUAUCCAACUCAACGUUCGAGGCAACAAGACUCUCGACGACAGUUUCAAGGACUACAUCCAGGUGGAGACUCUUGAAGGCGAGAACAAGUACGAUGCCGGACAGCCCUACGGUCUCCAGGACGCCAAGAAGGGUGUGAUCUUUGAGAGCUUCCCACCCGUUUUGCACCUUCAUCUCAAGCGAUUCGAGUAUGACAUCCAUCGUGACGCCAUGAUGAAGAUCAACGACCGCCACGCCUUCCCCAUGGAGUUCGACGCCACCCCCUACCUUUCUAACGAUGCUGAUAAGUCUGAACCCUGGAUCUACGAGUUGCACGGUGUGCUGGUGCACAGCGGUGAUCUUAAUGCCGGCCAUUACUACGCCUUUUUGAAACCUACCAAGGAUGGACACUGGUACCGGUUCGACGACGAUCGGGUGACCCGGGCGACGGACAAGGAGGUGCUCGAGGAGAACUACGGUGGUGAAUAUGAGCUGGCCAACGGCGCGGCUGGUGUCAGACAGCCUUACACCCGUGGGCUGUCGACAAAGCGCUCAAUGAACGCUUACAUGCUGGUAUACAUUCGGAAGUCGAGAUUGGAUGAUGUUCUCUUGCCUAUCACAAAGGAGCAAGUUCCUUCCCACAUCGAAAACCGACUCGUGGAAGAACGUAUCGAGUUGGCGCGCAGAAAGAAGGAGAGAGAAGAAGCCCACCUGUAUAUCAAUGUUGGCGUAUUGAGCGACGAGUCUUUCCAGGCCCAUCACGGAUUCGAUCUCACAAGUGCAGACCUGCCAGCCACCGAUCCCGCGGUACCGAAGCAAUACAGAAUCCUCCGGGCUAAGAAGGUCGGAGAAUUUGCACAGCAGCUCGCAGAGGAGAAGGGUCUCGAUCCUGAACAGGUCCGUUUCUGGGUCAUGGUGAAUCGACAGAACAAGACGACUCGGCCGGACCAAGUCAUCAAGGAUCAGGACAUGACUGUGGAGGAAGCUUACAAUCGCUAUGGCACGAAAGGAAACCCGUUCAAGGUCUGGAUGGAAGUGGGCCAGCCUUCCGCAGAUGGAUCGAUCUCCUGGCCGGAUAACAACUCGGUCCUCGUCUUUUUGAAACACUUCGAUGCGCCCUCGCAAACAAUCGCAGGUGUCGGUGCAGUCUAUGUGCGCAAGACACAGAAGGUUGCUGACCUCGCCCCUAUCAUCCUCGAGAAGAUGGGCUGGCCUGCUGGGACCGAGUUCAUGCUGUUCGAAGAGAUCAAACAUAACAUGAUCGACGUGAUGAAGCCGAAGCAGACCUUCCAGCAGUCCGAGAUUCAGGAUGGAGACAUCAUCACCUUCCAGAGAACGAUCAAGGAGUCAGACCUACCGGCAACCGCCUUGUAUACGGACGCAAGGCAAUAUUAUGAUUACCUGCUGAACAGGAUAAACAUCACUUUUGCUCCGAUCAAGGCGGAUGAAGGCGAUGAGUUUACACUCACGUUGAGUCGUAAGAUGACUUACGAUCAGUUCUCGAAGAAGGUCGGCGAGCACCUGAACGUGGAAUCGACUCAUCUGCGCUUCGCGCCGGUCCUUGCAAGUACCGGCAAGCCGAAGGCGUUCAUUAAGCGGAACUCUAACCAACCCAACCAAACCCUGUAUCAUAUUCUCGGUGGGCAAGCAACAACCUACGGAUACAGCAUGCAUCGCCAGGAUGCCUUGUACUACGAGGUUCUGGAAACUAGCCUGAGUGACUUUGAGUCUAAGACCUGCCUGAAGGUUACAUGGCUUCCUGAAGGCAUCACCAAGGAGCAACUGGUGGAGGUCUUGGUUCCUCGCGACGGUACCAUCGCAGACCUUGUGGCCGGCCUUCAGAAGAAGGCAAACCUGGACGACGAGACGAUCCGCGAGACCCGCGUCUACGAGACACACGGCGGCAAGAUCUACCGCGAAUUCCAGGCUGACUCGAAGAUCGCUGGAAUCAAUGAAUUCGUGUCGCUUUACGCCGAGAGGGUUCCCGAAGAAGAGGCCAACAUGCAGGACGGCGAGCGGACGAUAAAUGCCUUCAACUUUGACCGCGAGGUCAACCGGCCGCAUGGUGUGCCUUUCAAGUUUGUUAUGAAGCCGGGCGAGAUUUUCAAGCAGACCAAGGAGCGACUGUCUAAGCGGACUGGCAUCAAGGGCAAGCAAUUUGAGAAGAUCAAGUUUGCUGUGGUGUCUCGCAACAUGUAUUCCAACCCGCGCUAUGUGGAAGAUGGUGAGUGGCCCGACCCUGUUGUUUAG